AACUUGAGGAGAGGGGCUGAAAAGCGGGCAUCUUGCUUUCCGUAUCUGCUUUGAUCAACAUUUGAAGUCUUGUUUUAAUGAAGCCGGGACACGAGCUACGCUUCUGGAUGGACAGGAGUCUGAAGCAGAAAUGGCCAGUUUGAAUAAGAAUGUGGGAAAGGUUGCAGUAGGAGUGUCAUCCAAGCCGUCUGUUUUCACAUUUGUGCCGGUGGUGCAGAAAUUACCAAGUAAAAACAUUGUUGAAGAGGAGGAGAGAUCUGCAGCUCUGACUGGAAACCAACAUAAGAACGCAGCCGUGUCCCAUGAGGAGACAACCGGAGGGAGAAUGUCGGACGGGGAGAUUUUCAAAGCAGAGAUAGUCUUUAUCAAGGACUCUGUGGAGGGGAAAGUGGGGAACAUAAUCCAGCGGGAGACAGAAGCUCAUAUGAAGCCUCCACCAGCUCCGGUGAGCCUGACUCACACCAGAGCCUCUCCUUUAUCUGGCGCUCAGUCUGAAAAUACCCCCAACCACGUAGCCGCUGUGACGGCCUCUAUGGAAACAGCUGUUGAUAAACACAGGGGCAUUUCCCAGCGGCGGUGUCACGAUACCUCUGGACGCGCUGAGGUUAGCUUGGGUUGCUUUGCAAAUAGAAAGUCUGUGUCAGAAGACAGAACAAGCCCCACGAACUCUGCAGAUCUGUUCCCCACCCCGGCUUCAUCCAGAGAGUCCAUCCUCUCGGAGGGCUCGGACAAAGACAAGAGCUGGUCUGCUGCUCAGCUUUCCUCUGUAACCUCUCCUGUUUCUUUCAGCCGCACUGUUUCUCAAUGCUCAUCUAUCCGCUCGGGCGUCUUCUCCCCCGCUGUCGUCCAGAUCAAGAGGCACUUUCUGGCUCCUGGCUCUAGUCUGCUCAACAUCCCUCAAACCUGUUUCUCGUCCUGCGAGAGCCUGACCUCCUCUGUCUGCUCGCAGACUUCCCCUCCCCGGCACCGGCCUCCUCUCACCCGACUCUCCCUCCUCACUGCCAUCCUGAGGAAAGGUCGUCUUCCUGUCCUGUCGCCUGCUCUGCAGAGGCCUUACACCCCCUGCUGGCCUGUUAACCCUGUGACCCUGUCCUUUUGUAACGCAUGCUCAGCAGCCUCCAGCGUGGCUUCUAUUCCCCUGGAGUUUUCCUCCCUAUACUCCUCAUCUGCCUCUAUAGACAGUCAAAGCCACGUUCACAGGGAAGCGAGUCGGUGCAUCACUGCUCCUCCAACGGUGCAGUCGAGGGAGCUCAGUGGAACCUGCCCUCAAACUCAAGUGAAAAGAUGCUCGGAGCAAAUUCACUCCUGCGGCGUGCCUACAUGGGAGCGGGUUGUUUCGCCUCCGCCAGCAAAGAGCAGCACACUACCCCGAGCGCCACUGUUUUGCUCAGACUUCAAAUCUGUUUCUCCAUCAAAGCAUGAAGAAACACACUGUGCAACCUCCAAAAACCUGCCCAACACACACAUCUCCGAGUCCCCCAAGCUGAAGCCCAGCAGCAAAUUCCUGAAGGGCCAUGCAGAUAAUAACCUUAAAAAACUCAUCUCCCCGUCCACUAAGCUUAAUAAUGAGCCGGAGACCCCUGUGCCCCAGAAAUGGAGCCAGCAACCAAAUUCAUCUCUCUCAAGGCUUCACUCGCUUUCUCAGCAGCUGAGGUCUCCGCCUGUCACUCCUCCUCAUCCUCAUCAGCCUUCACGUUCCACAACUUUCUCUGCUCGCACUGACACAGCAUCACCUCUCCCUGCUUUGCAAAACGUGGGAGGAGGAUCGGAGAGGGGCUGCCUCGAUUCCAAAAGCGUCCCACCACCGCGGGGUUUUCACAAAGCCAACUGCCUGUCCCCUUCCCGCUAUACACCUAUCAUCUUUUCCGGGUGGCCGUCGCCCACCAGCUCCCCCACGCCUACGCCCUCCCCUGCUCCACCAAUCAGAGAGUUCAGCCCGUCCCCGUCUCUGUCCCUGCGUUCCACGCCCUCCCCAAGGCCGGGGAGUGGAAUAUCAGACUGCAGUGACAGGGAGGGUAAAAAAAGAAAGACGCACAAGAUUAAGUCGAGCUACAAAUCGCUUGCUGCGAUUCCAACAAACACCCUUCUGCUGGAUCAGCAAGCGAUAGAUGAGCAGGUAGAGAGAGAACCGACUCCUUGUAACACGCCGGACGGAGGUGUUGCAGACACUCAUAUUGAGAUGUGCUCACCUGCUCAACUCCGGCAGCAGUCAGAGGAACUGUAUGCUGUCAUUGAUGAGAUAUUGGCAAAUUCCACUCCAGCAUCCUCCAGGGCAUCGACUCCUAGUGUUGGUCUGCAGCAGAACAACUCGUCAUUUCCAAAAUCCUUGGGACGUGAAACCAAAUAUGCGUCAUUAUGCAGCCUGCACCCUUCUGCCGGCGUGGAAAGAAAACUGAUGGAUUCUAAAAAGACGAAACCCGGGGUCAUUCGCCCGAUGACGGCCAUUCCAACACUGACAGUGGAGGAAGAAGAAGAGUUUCGUUCCAACCCCUUCAGGCAGUUUGCUGUCAAGCAGACCUUAAAUGGCAAGAAGAAGGUGGAAAAUACGCAUCGUGAACCGACAGGGAUAAAUUGGCACACAGGGCUGAAAAGCAAAACAUUAAGUGAGGAGAGGAAGCCUGACAGAAGAAAUCCUUUCUCCAUAUGCGACCUGCAGAUUACCGAGCCUGAAGAACAGAUCAGCCACCUUGGGAAAGAUGCUUUGACAUCUUUCAGUCCCACUGAGAGGCAUAUGCAAGCUUUUGAAACUCACAUUUAAAUGCUUUUUUCCUCAGUGAACAAUUAUCUGCUUAGACACAUUCAGUACUCAAGACAAUCCCCGCUGAUGGAGAAAUGACAAGUUGAUUGCACCUCAUCAGCAUGAAUCCCCUUAUGGUUGUUUACAGGAUUUGACAGCGAGGUUUUAAAGUGUCGCAAAGAGAUGACAGAACUGCGGGCAACUGACCGUUUGCUAGUGUCCGACCAAUUUUGUUUGUCAAGCUUACAAUGGCAGAUCAACCACUCCAAGUACAUUGUAAUUUUUAGAACAGUGGGUCUUUAAUUUCAGACCGAGGUGGACAAAAGCAGCCUUUUUAUUCUUUCCUGCUCCAGAUAAUGACAUUAAUUGUACUUUUGUCUGUUGGUCAAAAACAUCGUCUUUGGCUGACCUUUAAGUGUUUUCUGCUGAUUCAGUCCCUGUAAAAGAAUUUUAAAUAUGCGCUUGAUGGCUACAUACAUGAUAAGUAAACUAAAAUAAAAGACAGAGGCUGUUUGUCUCUUCAAUAUGAGGGGAAAAAAGCACAUUUUAAAGGCUCUUAGUGCUGCAUCGGGUUGUAUUCACUAACAACGGCAAAUAAAGUUGUGUAGAGAAUGAGAAAGAGAAGACAUCUUUGAAACUAUUUGACCUGAUUUAAGCUUCUAAUAGAGUAUACUGGCAGCCUAAAGCUGCACAUCCUCAUCAGGAACUGAUGCAGGAUACAUGUAAAUAAGGAAACAACAUUGUUUUUGUAUUGUAGAGUAGAUCAGAGUAAACGUGGACAACACAGAUAAAUCAGUUAGCUUCAUGCCCUAAACUUUGACCUGUACCUGACAUUAUUCUACAAACUUCAUUACCUUUGCUAAAGCAUCACAGAUUCCAAAGCUUGACAGAUCUGUUGUAGCUGGACAAGCAAAUGGUCAGUUGCUGAAAAACAACCAAAUCCAAAGAGAUAUAGUUCCACUGUGAUACGGCCCUGAUCUUUUUUUUAAAGUUAAAAAUCAUUUAGAUUUUUCUUACAGUCGGUUAAAUUCACAAAAAGCGAUCAUGGUCAUUACAGUACAACAUUAAAUUCAUGCAAAUUAUGUGAUGCACUGUAAAGAAGAAACAGUUUUACUUUCAUUCAAGGAAUUGAAGAAAAACUGCAAUGUAGAAUAAAGGAUGUGCCUGUCCAAUC